GCUCAUUUCUGUACGUGCAGUGGAGAGUUGACGUUCUGAUUGGUGAACGAGGCGCCCACAACUCUUAUUCGUGUAUAAAACCUGCAAUUGUCUGUUUGUGUUUGUGUUUUUAUAUGCAAAUAUUUCAAUUCGCGAAUUAGUGUUGUUGUGUAAACAUUGGAAAUUCAGCGAACGAAGCAGUCGCCUACUGAUGCAUAUUGCGAAUAAAGAAAAAAAUCACACGCGAUCAAAAUAACCCAUGAGUCACAUUGACGUGGCUGAUAAUUACUUACUAUAUAUGUGUGUAUGUAUAUAUACAUAGAGAUAUAAAUGUAUUUGCUUAUUACUGGCGGUCGGACAACAUCGGGGAAGUACCUAUAACGAACCGCAAUAGCUGUACUCGAGCCGAAGUGUGAAACGAUCGUUUCAUUGUCGUUUUGGAUGAGCAGCGAAACGGUCGAAUAUUUUGCGCUAAACAGCGACGCAAAAGCAAACCACAAUAAAUAACGAAACAAAAAACAACGAGCAGCAGAGGAAGAGCACGUGAAAAAAAAAUUCACCAUUGCAAGACAGCAAGCAAAAUGAAUCAACAGCAGCAAUACUUUGAUUUGGAUCAGGGCAAGAAUAUACCUUAUGUUAAUGAUUGUUGCAGUACGAGCGGAUAUAGUAGCAAUAAUUCGCCCACAUCAAUGACUCUUUCGCCAUCGCAUUCACCGGAGACGCUCAAUUUGCAGAAUGAGUUCGCCCAACUUAACUUGCCCGCGCUAUCGAAUUCACCUUCACCACGGCUACAACAAUUGGGAGGGUCACCGUAUCAUCAAAAUCAAAUGAUGGCAAAUGGCAACCUCUGCAUGGAAAUCGAUGGCAAUGCCGCCAGCAUUGGGAGCAUAUUAAAUGGCAACGCAACGUUUGGCAAUAUCAACAGCAUGCAGCACAUGCCAGUGGAUCAAUUUUAUGCGACGCAACCACCGCAAACAAUUGGCGGAUUCCAUCAAAUCGAUGCCGGUGGCAUUAAAAAUGAAUAUUGCGCCCAGCUGCACAUUGCCGAGCAGCCGGUGGAAAAGUUUCGUUUUCGCUACAAAAGCGAAAUGCACGGAACACAUGGAUCCCUCAACGGCAUCAAUUCGAAGCGUACACCGAAAACAUUUCCAGAGGUAAUAUUGCGCAAUUAUUCGGGUCCGGCGGUAAUUCGCUGCAGCCUAUUCCAAACGAAUCUGGACAGUCCGCAUUCGCAUCAGUUGGUGGUGCGCAAGGAUGAGCGCGAUGUUUGCGAUCCGCACGAUUUGCAUGUAUCUCAAGAGCGCGGCUACGUGGCACAAUUCAUCAAUAUGGGCAUCAUACACACGGCCAAGAAAUACAUAUUCGAUGAGCUUUUCAAAAAGAAACAGGAUCGUCUCGUCUUUCAAAUGGGACGACGCGAACUGUCCACCAAGCAGCUGCAGGAGCUGCACCAGGAAACCGAACGCGAAGCCAAGGAUAUGAAUCUGAAUCAGGUGCGUCUGUGCUUUGAGGCCUUUAAAAUUGAGAACAAUCAGAAGUGGACACCGAUAGCGCCGCCAGUCUUUAGCAAUCCCAUUAAUAACCGCAAAUCGGCCCAGACGGGUGAAUUGCGCAUAACCAGAUUGAGCAAACCUACUGGCAGUGUUAUGGGCAACGAUGAGCUCAUUUUGCUCGUGGAGAAGGUCAGCAAGAAGAACAUUAAGGUGCGUUUCUUCGAGGAGAACGACGAUGGGGAGACCGUUUGGGAGGCAUAUGCCAAAUUCCGGGAAUCCGAUGUACAUCAUCAAUAUGCGAUUGUUUGCCAAACGCCCGCCUACAAGGACAAGGAUGUGGAGCGUGAGGUGGCCGUUUCCAUUGAGUUAAUACGUCCAUCGGACGAUGAGCGAUCAUUUCCACCGCUGCCCUUCCGCUAUAAGCCACGCGAUGCGAUCAUCUCGCGCAAACGUCGACGCACCUGCUCCACUCUAACCAGUAGCACCAGCAGCAGCAGUGGCAGUCUGCACAAUUCGAUGGAUUUGCCCAAGACAGUGCCACAAAUGGGAGCCGCAAACGUUUCGUUGCACGAUCAAACGAUCAGUCAGGAAUUUGGACGAGAAUUCACAGUGGAUCAGUUGCUCAAUUCGGAAUCAUUUCGUAAAAUGCUUGAACCCAAUUCCUCCGAGCUGGAGAAACUGUGUGUGCCCGACAUUGGCUGCCUGGAGCAUGAUGGACUUGGUUAUGAACAAACACAGUCCAACUAUGUUGGCAUUACACACUAUCGUUCGCUCAGCAGCACCUAUCUGACCGAAAUCUUUAAAAUCUACGAUGCGAAUCGACGUGCCGGCAAAAUUUCAGCUGAAGACUUUGCCAACUCAUGCAGCAAAGUCCAGAAUCUGUUCACGACCCAUGCUUUGAAGAAUGUGAACAAUGAUACGCUUCUGCACGAGGUGAUUAGCCAGCGGACGGAUAACCUGAAGCUUGCCAUCAAAACAUUUAAGGUCAUCGAAUACUUUAAGCUGCAGGAGCUGGCACACAGUGUUCUAAAUUUGGAUGGCGACAGUGGAUUGCAUGUCGCCUGCCAGCAUGAUCGACCCAAUUAUAUACGGCCACUGUUGUCACUCGGCUGUAAUCCCAAUCAACAGAAUCACAUUGGCAAUACGGCUCUCCAUGUGGCCGUCAAGGAAAAGCACACGAAUUGCAUUGAUUUCUUUUUCAAUGCGCCGAACGGUGUCCGGUUGGAUUUGUCCCUGAAAAACGAUGAUGGUUUGACGCCGCUGCACAUGGCCAUACGACAGAAUAGUUCUGAUGUGGCCAAGAAGCUAAUCAAUUAUGAUCGCAGUUCCAUUAAUGUCUCCAACACAACCGAUGGCAACAAUGCUUUGCACAUGGCCGUUCUCGAACAGAAUGUUGAGUUGCUUGUCCUCAUUUUGGAUGCACAGAAUCUAACCGAUAUUCUAAUGGCAAAGAAUUCGGCUGGUUAUACACCGUUGGAGCUGGCACGGGCCAAGGACAAUGAGAGCUGUGUACUGCUGCUGCAGAAGGUGUAUCCCGAUAAGGGUGAAUCCGCGAUGACCUGGAUACCAUUGAAUGUCAAAGAAGAAAUGGAUUCCUCGUCAGCUGAGGAUGACGAUGAAAGCAAUCUAGAUGUGCCGACAUCAUCGAUGUCGUCAUCCUCAUUGUCGACAGUUAAAACUGAGGAAAUUGAUAUGGAUUUCAAAACGGAACAAGAGGAUGAAGAUCACGCCAAGCAGGCGGAUGCGGCAAUAGAUCCGAAAAUAAAAUUGGAACAAUUGCUGAGUAACAAGAAUAAAUUUGAUCAAUUGGUUAAACAGCUGAACGAGCCGAGCAGCCACAAUCCCGCGUUGAGUAAAUGGAAAGAGCUCGCCGAGAAAGCAUUGCUCAGUCAACUGGUCUUCCUCUGGUCCAGUUCGGAGGGUAUGCUGAAAUAUAUACACCACAAGUCGAGUGAUCAGGAGUGCAGGUCAUUUGCUCGAGCGCUACAAGAGUUGGGCAUGCUAAAUGCCUAGAACAAAUUAUGCAAUAGUUAAUAACUUUAGAUAUAUAUAUAAAUACAGUACAAUUCUUUUGUACAUUACCUAGAAAUAUGCGAUGUUUAAUAAAGUUAACUUUUAUCUCUGGAA